AUAGUUUUUUUUCUCAGAUGGCAAUGGUGGAUUCCACACGAGGUAAAAAAUACCGAGUAAAGCCAAAUGUACAGUCCCUAGCAACAUUGUUCAAUAGUUGGCCUGGGAUAGACUACAAAAUCGCAUCACGCAACUUGGUUUUUCUCCCUUAUGCAUCCGCGGGUCACUUUAACUUGUUCUCCAUCGAUAAGCAUGAAUGUACUGUGUCUGUUAUUGAUCCUUGGUCCAUGCCGCCAUCGUCGGAGGGUAAAAUGGUUCGGUCGCAUAAGAUGAAAUUGAUCUUACAAAGAAUUGCAAUCUACCUAACCGACGUACUUGCAUUAGCACAACCUGGUUGGGAUGCCGAUAUAUUUUUCUGGCCACGCACGUCGCCAACUGAUAUUCCGCAAAGUUCAAGCAUGAAAGCGUCUGGUUAUUUCAUUUUUUAUAUUAUGUUUUCAUGGAAUGGUAAAAAGUUGGUUCAUCCAAUAUGCACGAAUAUUAUGGACCUGAGGAAGAAUUUUUUGGUACGCUUGCUCAAGUACCAUCAAAAUGAAGCACUCGAAAAUAUUCCAUACAUUGUACAACAUACUCUAAGAAGUAUCGAGGAGGACAUUUUUUUAAUAUAAAAUAGUUAAUUAGUGGAGUACUUAUUGCAUAUUCA